AUGGCGUCUCUUCUUCCUCGCUUUGAACGGCAUGAGCUCACCUACAAAACUCUCGACAACACGCCGUUUCAUGUUUCGACCCUCAUCCCUAAAUCGAUCAUCUCCUCGACGAAGACUUGCCCCAUCCUCGUACACUUCCACGGAGGUGCUUUGAUCCAGGGGGUGACCCUCGAGCCGGCCUUCCUGUCAUCAUGGAUGCUAGAACUUGCCGAAAAGGUCGAUGCUAUCGUUAUCGACCCUGCUUACAGACUGCUUCCGGAAGCCAGAGGUACUGAUGUUCUGGAUGAUAUUAAAGACUUCUGGGCUUGGUCAGCGUUGCUUUUCCCAGAGUCCAAGAUUCGUGUUGUCAUGGCCCAGUACCCCAGCAUGUAUCCUGACUUGAAGGCGUACAACCAGCGUCUUGAAUCAGCUACAGCUGAGGAGGACCAACUCAUCACCGAUUAUACAGAGAACAACAAGGGCAAGAUUAGACUUGGGUCAAAGUUCCCCUGGAAGCCUGAAUUGAUACUGGCGUUCGGGCACAGCUUGCGAAUUGCGAAACAAGUACCGCCAAUCUGGAUCGCGCAAGGUGUUGAUGACCAUAUCACCCCCAAACCAGGCACAGAUGAAAUGAUCGAGAUGAUCAAAGAGUUGCAACCGGCGGCGCCUUUUCUCUACAGUGUUCAACCAGGCGAUCAUGGCUUUGAUAAUGAUCAUGGUCUUGAGGAGCCUUGGGUUGCGGAAGCGAUGAAAUUUGUAACAACGAUUAGGAUAGAAGAUAUCUAA